AUGAGUAGCAUUGUGACUGUGACUGAGCAGCCUGUCAUUACGGCGGAGAACGUUCUGCGCCUCUUCCCCGAAGUCAACACCACGCUUAUUGGGGGCGCGCAUAACUCGGCGACCAGUGAUAGCGCGCUGCAGGGUUAUGAUGAGGAGCAGAUUCGCUUGAUGGAUGAGGUGUGCAUUGUGCUGGAUAAUGACGAUGUGCCGAUUGGGAGUGCGACGAAGAAACUUUGCCACCUCAUGGAGAACAUCGACCGAGGACUCCUCCACCGCGCUUUCUCCGUCUUCCUCUUCGACUCGCAGAACCGCCUUCUCCUCCAGCAGCGCGCGACCGAGAAGAUCACUUUCCCCGAUAUGUGGACAAAUACUUGCUGCUCGCACCCUCUCGGCAUACCUGGAGAGACUGGCGUCGGGCUCGAGGCGUCGGUACAGGGUGUGCGUCGCGCCGCGGUGCGCAAGUUGGACCACGAGCUGGGCAUCAAGCCUGAGCAAGUGCCUAUUGACGACUUCAAGUUCCUCACGCGGAUACAUUACAAGUCGCCCAGCGACGGGAAGUGGGGCGAGCAUGAGAUUGACUACAUCCUGUUCAUCAAGGCCGAUGUUGAUCUGAAUGUCAACCCCAACGAAGCCCGUGACUCGCGUUGGGUGAGCCAGGAUGAUUUGAAGACCAUGUUCAAGGAUCCGUCGCUCAAGUUCACGCCGUGGUUCAAGCUCAUCUGCGAGAGCAUGCUGUAUGAGUGGUGGAACCAUCUUGAUUCGGGCCUGGAGAAGUACAUGGGCGAGACGGAGAUCCGACGCAUGUAAAUGGCAAAAGACAUCCUCGAUAUCCAAGGACGAGCACUUGUACUUGCGAAGGAAUGAUCAGAAAGUCCUUACAAAGAGAACUUCAUAGUGUGCAUUGCCUGGAAGAUAUACAACACGCGCAGGCUGAUUUGGCUCAUGCAUAGUAAUAGAUACCAUCGUUGCGACUUAAUACAACUGUCAACCAUUCAAUUCCUUAUCGAGCGCGCCUUCAAUACUCGCUUCACUAUCAUUAUCUUCCUAUGACCAACAUCGUCACGCGGGAGGCGAUCAUUUGAUAGACGACUGGCGGAGGUCGAAUCCGAUCAAUCAUUGCGUGGAGAAAUUUCAGGCGAUUGCCGAUAGCGACGUCUAGUUGG